ACUAGGUCCUCACAGUCAGUGACGUAAUUCCCCAGCGACUGGAGCACAUUGAAAACAUUCAUCUGGUAUUUCAGUAUUAAACUCUCCAGGUGUUUCCUCUGCAGGAGAUUAACGGAAUGGCUUUGGAAACGGUCCCCAAAGACCUUCGCCAUCUGCGAGCAUGUCUGCUUUGUUCUCUAGUGAAGACCAUCGACCAGUUUGAAUACGACGGCUGUGACAACUGUGAGUCGUACCUCCAGAUGAAGGGGAACCGAGAGAUGGUUUAUGAAUGCACAAGUUCCUCGUUUGAUGGUGUGAUAGCCAUGAUGAGUCCUGAGGACAGCUGGGUGGCUAAAUGGCAGAGGAUAGGCAACUUCAAGCCAGGUGUAUAUGCAGUGUCAGUGACAGGCAGACUACCUCCAGGCGUGGUGAGAGAGUUGAAAAGCAGAGGAGUGAUCUACAAAUCCAGAGAUACGGCGGUGAAGUCAUAAAGCUGACUGCAUCCAGUUGUGCGAUUAGCCACACCAGAGCGGUAGCGCUAACUCCAGGAAGAAGUGACAACAGUGGGACUACAUUUGAUUACGUCUGUGAUGUCUUAUGGGACUGCCCCUUCAACUGUUCAAUUUGUGUUUGUUGUUGUGAUUAGAAAUAUUAGCAUGGUUGCUUAUAGGGGAGAAGAAGUGGAUAUUUUUUAUUUCUUUGAAUAAUUGAGAACAAAUAAAGGUCUGUUUUUAUAAGAA